AUGGUGACAUCUCAUCAUAAACCCAAAUUCGAUCCUGCAGCUCAUCUCAGUAAACACGGCUGGAAAGGCAAAGGCACAGCUCUCAAACAUGGACACUCAGUCCGACCAUUAGCGGUAGUUCAGAAGAAAACACUUUCAGGUAUAGGUAAAGAUAGAGAUACGGCUGUGCCAUUCUGGGAUCAUAUAUUUGAAGCUACUGCAGCAUCACUUUUCUCGUCCGUUGCAUCUUCGCCAUCUGGCUCACCAGGACCUUCAUCAUGGGCACCGCCACCUAGUCAAGUAGAUUCGAGAGGAAGAUUGAUACCUACUCCUAUAGAAGUGAAGAAGAAACUAUCAAUAAAUGCAACCGCUAGAGCUGGAAGAGAAAUAGCUAGAAGAGGAUUAUAUUCAAAAUUUCUACGAGGCAAAGUACUAGCUUUUGAACCUGAUUCCGAGUCUGAACCCGAAGAAGAAAAGCCGGAAGUAUUCUUGACUGCAAAGGAGGAAAGUGGAAAUCAAGCUGGACCAUCUCGUUCUACUUCUCCUGCAAGAAGUCCACCUUCGGAAAGUGAAAAUGUGGAUUCAGAACCGGUCAAGGCUAAAAGGAAGAGCAAGGGGAAAGGUAAAAGCAAAAACAUAGAAGAAAGUACAGAAGAAAGGAAGAUCAGGAAAGCCGAGAAAAAGGCUAAACGAGAAACCAAAAACGAAGAGGUAACGAUAGACGGUUCGGUAAUGCUAAAAGGAGAGCUCGACGCGAAGGCAGAGAAGAAGAAAAGGAAAAGAGACAAGAAAGAAAAUAUUAAAGAUCCAAAGAAAGAAAGCAAACGCAAACGUACAGCAUACGAGGAAAAAGCAUCGGUAGACAGGAGAGUGAAGAAAAAGGAGAAGAAGCCUAAAAUCGAGAAGGAAGCUGGACUCAUCUUAGUAUGA